AACCCGGGCCAUAUAUUACUUUCAUUCUCUCUCUCUCGUAACACCCUAACCCUAACCCUAAAACUGCACCAGACCUUCUUCCUCUUCUAUUUACUGAACUCAGGCAAAACCAGGCAAGGCUGCUUCCCUUUCUCUAAGGUUAGCAAGAAUGUAUUCAACAAAGAAGAAGAUCCUCAAGGAUAACAAUGCCGAGCCUACUGAGUUUGAAGAAACAGUUGCACAGAACCUGUUUGAUUUGGAGAACACUAACCAGGAACUGAAAAGUGAUUUGAAAGAUCUUUACAUCAACUCAGCUAUCCAAGUAGAUAUCUCUGGAAACCGCAAGGCUGUAGUUAUCUAUGUUCCCUACCGAUUGAGGAAGGGUUUCCGAAAAAUUCAUUUGCGUCUUGUUAGGGAGUUGGAGAAGAAGUUCAGUGGAAAGGAUGUUGUCAUUGUUGCAACCCGAAGGAUUGUGAGGCCACCAAAGAAAGGCUCUGCUGCCCAGCGUCCUCGUACCCGUACACUUACAGCUGUCCACGAUGCCAUUCUGGAGGAUGUUGUUCAUCCUGCUGAGAUUGUUGGCAAGCGGAUUAGAUACCGAGUUGAUGGCUCCAAGAUAAUCAAGGUUUACCUUGAUCCAAAGGAGCGCAACAACACCGAGUACAAGCUGGAGACAUUAUCGGGUGUUUACAGGAAGCUUACCGGUAAGGAUGUUGUGUUCGAAUAUCCAAUCACUGAGGCUUAAGUGACUAGUAACUUUCAUUACUUGAAUGAUGGGUUCUGUUCUGUUGCUGUUACUUCAAUUUAGAAGUCUCAUUUGCAUUUUUCAGAUAGGUACUCUUGAAGUUUUGACUUGUGAGAUUUUCAUAUUUUGAUUCAGACAUAGCAAUGUUUUUUUAUUCUCUUCUUCUUGUGCUUAUAAAAAUCUUGAUAGUUUGUUAUGAAAGAUAAUUUAUCAAUCAUGAGUUGCUUGCUUUUA